AUGUGGAUGCAUUUACACCAAAAAAAAUGCCAAGAAGGCAUCAGCAGAGACUCUCAAAUCUCUGCAACCUGUUUAAUUUGUGUUAAUGCACAAAUAACUGAUGCCGCCGUACCCCGUAUUUCCAAGGAUGCCGAUACACCGCAAGACAUUCUCAAGGCAUCGGAAAAUAUUGAUCAUAAAUGUACUAACAUGACUUCUGUCCUCAAUCCUGCUCUCACUUGCCAGCCCUAUCGUGGAAUUUAUGUUAAUCACAUCUACUUUCAGUUAGCAAAUGCCUUUUUUUUAUUGUCGCAUUUAGCUCCAAGUGGAAUACACGGUGUAUUAUAUUUGAGAUGCACAUUAUUAAUUGGUUGCGCAUUUCUUGCAUUAUGGGGAUGGACAAUAGUCUGCUGGUUUGACGCCACUAUGUGGAAUGGUCUAUUUGUAGCUAUUAAUUUUGUCCACGUUUGCACAUUACUCUAUCGUUUAAGACCUAUUAAAUUUUCAAAAGAAGUUGAAGAGGUUUAUGCAGCAGUAUUUCAACCGUUAAGAGUUUCAAGGCAUCAAUUUAAAAAAGUAUUAAAUUGUAUGAAAGCCAUCAAACCUUUAAAGUAUCAACAAGUUUAUGCACAAGAAAAAUCUACUAAAGUAGAUUCUUUAUCUUUAGUACUUUCGGGAAAACUAGUUGUAUCACAAAAUGGUAGAGCACUUCACAUUGUCUUCCCUCAUCAAUUUCUUGAUUCACCUGAAUGGUUUGGAGUAUCCACUGAUGAAUUCUUUCAGGUAUCAAUAACGGCAAUGGAAGAUUCUAGAAUAUUACUUUGGCAUAGAGAUAAAUUAAAAUUGAGUAUAAUGACAGAUCAAUUUUUACAAGCAGUCUUUGAUCAUAUAUUAGGUAGAGAUGUUGUCAAAAAAUUUAUGCAAGUAAGUGAAACAAUGGCAGCGGGUACUCACCAACACCAUGGGCAAAACGGGCAAGUUGUUGGACUAGGUGGAGUUGGAAAUUUAGAAACUGAUGCAGAUACUAAAUUAUUUGUCGUUAAAAAGUCAGAUAAUCACGGAAUUACAGCACUAAUAAGUCGUCAACUUCAAGAGGAGAGAGUGCCGCUGCUGUAUACGAGCCCCGAUGUGUUGAACAACGCACUGCAUCACCUAAACCAUCUUCACGCGCCUUAUAUACUUCCCCUUUAUACCAAAACAACCAAUGACAAUUCCUCCCAAUCAGAAUCCUAA